CUGCAGCGGGGGAAGCGAGGCAAUCCACGGCCGGCCGUCAGUGCUGCGCUGCUGGAGAAGCACUCAGCAAUGGCCGAGAGCUCAUCUGUGCCUGCGGCAGCGGCAGGGACAGCGGCACCAACCGUGCUAGACGAGCUCCUGCAGAUCACAGCUCAGAGCCUGGUGCGCACCGAGGUGGCCGAGCACUAUGAGGUUAUUCGGGAGCUGGGCAGGGGCAAGUAUGGCCACGUGAUGCUAGUGACCCACAGGCAGAGAGGGACUCCUAUGGCUCUCAAGCUGCUACCCAAAGCCAGUACCAAGCUGCACACCUUCCUGUACGAGUAUUGCGUGGCUCUCUCCCUCGCCACCCACCCUGCCAUCAUCGGCAUGUUUGGAAUUGCCAUCGAGUCCAGCCAGUACUAUGGCUUCCUCUAUGAACCAGCACUGCACAAAGACCUCAUCUCUAUCAUCAAACCCCGGGACGGCAUCCCCGAGCCAGCCGCUAAGCAGUGUGCCAAGCAGCUCGUGAGUGCGCUGGAGUUCAUCCACAGCCGAGGGCUCGUGUACCGUGACGUCAAGCCUGAGAACGUGCUGCUUUUUGAUCCCGAGUGUCGGCGCAUCAAGCUGACUGACUUUGGGCUUACGCGGCCCAAGGGUACCAAGCUCAAGCUGGUGGCUGGGGUAAUCCCCUACACCGCCCCCGAGCUGAGCAAAACCGCUGAUGCCCAGGGGGUGCCCAUCGACACCAGCUUGGACGCCUGGGCCUUUGGCGUGUUGCUUUUCUGCCUGCUGACUGGCUACUUCCCCUGGGAACAGAGCCUGCCAGAUGACCCUUUCUUUGAGGACUUCAUGCUAUGGCAGGAGACGGGCCUGGAGGAGGACCUGCCCCGCCACUGGAAACGCCUGACGGCUGAGGCCGCCCUGAUGCUGCGGAGCCUGCUGGCCCUAGAUCCCGCCAAGCGCGGCCCCGUCAGCGGGGCGCUGCGCUACGUUGAUUGCCCUUGGCGGCUGGAGGAUGAGCGCAGCGAGGAGGCUGCAGUGAAGCCCUAG